UAAAAUACUUCCCAAACCCCUUUUCUCUCUCUCUCUCUCUCUCUCUCUCUCUCUCUUCCCCUCCAGAAGGAAACAAAUACCUUCAAACAAAUCCUCUUUUUCACUGACUCAGGUGCUUGGUCACGCAUAUCGACGGCUGUAAUUGACACACCCUUUUGCUAUGGAGUUUUUCAACAAAACCAAGGCAGUAAAACUCCGUUCCCACCACAACAAAUACCUGGUCGCCGACGACGACAAGAAAUCCGUCCGGCAAAGCCGCAACGGGUCGACCCGGAAGGCGCGGUGGCUCGUCGAGCCGGUCGAUCACAACCCGCAGGCCAUCAGGCUCAAGAGCCUCCACGGGGUCUACCUCACGGCCUCCACCACGGCGUUCCUGCUCGGGUUCACGGGCAACAAGGUGACCCAGACCCAGCCCGACCACCCGCGGGACCUCUCGAUCGAGUGGGUACCCGUGAGAGACGGGUUCCAGGUGAAGCUGGUGACGGCGUUCGGAGGGACGUGUUUGAGGGCCAACGGGGGGACGCGGCCGUGGAAGGAUUCCGUCACGCACGACGUUCCGUCCCUCACGAAGAGCUGGGUUCUGUGGGACGUCGAGGCAGUGGAGAUACCGGAGAACGAGGAGUUAACGGAUUAUUUGUCGCUGGUUUCGAGUGUUUCGUCGCUUUCGGAUGAUUUGUUUCUGUCGGAAAUCGGGUCGGAAGUCGGGUCGCCCGUUUCAUUACACUCGAAUAGUUCUCCCAUGGUGCCUUUUAAGAAGAAUGAUGCACAGAAGGGUCUCUACUGCUCCUGGUCACCAAACGUCAAACUUCCAUCAAAAAACAUGAGCGGAAUGGAACUGUUCCACAAGGCAAAAGCCGUGCGACUCCGCAGCAACCACGACAAGUACCUCACCGCCGAAGAAGACGAGGAAUCCGUAACCCAGGCCCGUAACGGCGCCUCCAGAAACGCCCGUUGGGCUGUCGAAUUCCUCGAAACCGACGACAACAUAAUCCGUCUCAAGAGCUGCUACGGCAAGUACCUCAUGGCCUCCAACAUGCCCUUCCUCCUGGGCAUGACCGGCCGGAAAGUCAUUCAGACGGCCGGCCGCAAAGACUCGUCGGUGGAGUGGGAGCCGAUCCGGGAAGGGAAUCAGGUGCAGCUCAGGACACGGCACGGUAACUUUUUGCGGGCGAACGGUGGCAUUCCGCCGUGGCGGAAUUCAGUUACGCACGAUGUCCCUAAUAGAACGGCUACACAGGAUUGGAUCCUUUGGGAUGUUGAUGUGGUGGAGAUUCUAUUGCUCCAGUCGCCACAACCGAAACCAAGUGCUCCGUCCGAAUCCGACUUGUAUCCGGAUUCGUUUGAAUCUCCGUCGAGCUCGGAGUCUAAUCAUUCGUUUAAAUCCCCCAGCUUUGGAAGACAAGAUCAGUCGAAUGAUUCUAUGGGGGGUUCAGUGUCUAGGGCUGCGGAUGGGCGGGUCAUAUAUUACAGUAUAGCGGAUGAACGUGGAAAUGUGGAUGAGGGUUUGGAGGGGCUUUCUUUCACAUUCAAGGGGAACGGACUUUAUGAGUUGACGAAGAGGCUAGAGGAGGAGACGGGGCUUGAAGAAAUUAUCGUGUGCUCCCGCAGUCCAUUGAAUGGAAAGCUAUACCCACUUCGGUUGCAGCUUCCUCCCAAAAAUGUGGAUAUGCACGUCGUUGUACUUCAAUCAUCAUCAAGAGCGGCAAGAGACUUUGCGAGAACAUGAAUGCCAUCAUGAAAUUUGCCCGGAAGACCCGCGUCACAUUUUUGUUUAUGAUACGAACACACAAAUAUCUUUUUGUACAUUCUGCUUCAGCCGUAUUCUACUGCAUGUUAGACAAUGUAGGGAAAUCAGCUGGAGAAUUCGCAUCUCUCGCUUUCCUGAGUUCACAGUACUAUUACAUUUUAGCAAUCUCAGAAGGAAAAAUAACAGCUUUAGCCGUGUGCUAGUAGUCGAAAUCUGUUGUAGUGCUCCGUUUGAUAUGGGGAUUCCUUGGUGGGAUUUGUAUCUGAUUUUGCUGUAAAGUUAUAUGUGCAUUUUUUUGGUA